CAACACUGACGCGACCGGUCCAUCCCGAAUCUCAAUCUCGUGCUUUAUAUAUAUCCAGAGCGUCGAGACCGCUUGCUUCUUAGACAGACACAGCUUGCCCAUUCGUAGUAGACCACACCGCACUUCACCAUGGCCGCCGCAUACGACGUCGCGAUCGACUACGUCCAAAAGUUCGCGCCUGGCAUCGCCGAGCAGCUCGUCCGCUCCAAUGCCACGGCUGCCCAGAACGCGCUGUACCCCGGCAUCGACCUCAGCAGCCUCAGCUACUUUGAGCGCCUCUGGGCCGACUACUACAUCUACAUGGGCAACGCCAUCCUUGCGACUGGUGUCAUGAGCUUUGUCCUCCACGAGGUGGUUUACUUUGGCCGCGCCAUCCCCUGGCUCAUCAUCGACGCGCUGCCCUUCUUCCGCAAGUGGAAGAUCCAGCAGAACAAGACGGUCUCGACUGAGCAGAUCUGGAAGUGCACCAAGGUCGUCCUCCUCACCCACUUCACCUGCGAGGCUCCCCUCAUCUGGCUCUUCCACCCCAUCUGCUGCUACUUUGGCAUGGCCACGUUCGAGGUUCCCUUCUCGCCUCUGUGGCUCAUGGCUGCGCAGAUCGCCUUCUUCUUCGUCUUUGAGGACAUGUUCCACUACUGGGCUCACCGCGCCCUCCACUGGGGUCCCCUCUACAAGAACAUCCACAAGCUUCACCACGAGUUCUCGGCCCCCAUCGGCCUCGCCGCCGAGUACGCCCACCCCCUCGAGGUCAUGAUUCUCGCCCAGGGCACCAUCUCGGGCCCCUUCCUCUACUGCCUCUGGCGCAAGGACCUCCACAUCCUCACUGUUUACGUCUGGGUCACCCUCCGUCUCUUCCAGGCCGUUGACGCCCACUCGGGCUACGACUUCCCCUGGUCGCUCCGCCACUUCCUCCCCUUCUGGGCCGGCGCCGACCACCACGACUUCCACCACAUGGCCUUUGUCAACUGCUUCUCGACUUCCUUCCGCUGGUGGGACUACUCUCUCGGCACCGACGCCAAGUACCACGCCUACAAGGAGCGCAUGGCCAAGGCCAAGGCUGCCGAGCGUGCCGCCGUCGAGCAGGCUGAGAACGCCCGCAUCGAGCAGGAGGGUGUUGCCGCCGAGCGCGUCGUGCUCUCGUACGGCAAGGGCAAGAAGCAGUAGAGGACGUCACGAUUGCGAUCUGCGUCUGGCAUAGAAAGCGGUCUGGGACUGUGUCUUGGUCGUCAACCCUUCCGGCGGCUAGUAAAGCAUAUAGCUGUUGGUUGCAUACCCAUUUACGAG